CAGACUAAUGUUAAGAAACUUAGUUAAAGCAGAAAAUAUAUGAAGAAUGAGUUAUAAUGCGGCUAUUGCAGCAGUUCUUGGUACUAUAGGAACAAUUUUAUGGUGUAUUCAAUUAAUCCCCCAGAUUAUUGUGAAUUAUGUUAGACAUAGUACUCAAGGGCUUCAGCCUCUUAUGUUAUUAUUAUGGUCGAUUGGAGCAGUUAUUAUGGGUAUUUAUAAUAUAUCACGUAAUCUGAAUAUUCCAUUACAACUUCAACCACAAUUGUUUUUGCUUUUAUGUUUUAUAACAUGGGGACAAUGUCUUUAUUAUGAAAAAAAAUGGUCGAUUUAUAAAUGUAUUACAGUAUUUUCAUCAGGUGGAUGUAUUUCAGGAUUUAUUGAAGCAGGAUUUGUUUUUUUAGCACGAUUAUUUAUACGACGAAAUAUUGAAUGGCCUAUUAUUACUAUAGGGGUAAUAUCAUCUAUUUUUAUAUGUAUUGGACUUUUUCCUCCGUAUUAUGAUAUAUAUAUUCAUAAAUGUGUUCGUGGGAUUUCAUUUAUUUUUCUUUUAAUAGAUAUGGGAGGUGCAUUAUUUUCUUUCUUAUCUUUGUUAUUUGAACCAAAAUUUGAUAUUCUCGCGGCUAUAUCAUAUUCUUCUGUUUUCUUUCUUGAAAUAGGUAUUAUUAUGUUUGAUUAUUAUUUUAAGUUAUUAGAAUGGAAUAAGAAAAGAAAAUUAAACAAAAAAGAGAAAGAAGAAGUAUCAGAGAAAACAAUGGAUAUAAUAGAUGUAAAUAUAGAAACAUCAUGAAAUUUAGGAAAUUUUCAUAAAAAUACAUUGAUAUUGUUUAAUAAAA